CAGUAUUUCAAUAUCAGAAAAAGAGGUGAAGAACCUUGUUGGCUGGCAUACACCGUCCAACGCUUUCAUGCUCGUUUAAGCGGGAUUUUAUCAACUCAUAACUUUUCAUUAGAUUUCAAACGCCAUAAAAAAUUAUCCACUUAAUAGAAAAGGGGUCGUGGACCUUAACAGUCGCGCGGAUCCUGUCAAUAGGAAACAGCUUUUGCCCCACUGUUGCCCAUCCACUUGUUUUACAACUACCCUAAAGGAAACGAGACGAGUUGCCAUGGAAACUGUCCUGGUCUUCCUUUUUUCCCUCCUAGUCUAUGUGACCGCUUUGUCUGACACCGCUGCCCUGGAUGGAAAAAAUAAAGUCUUGGAUCCAUUUGCAUAUGACUAUGAGAGUUUGAGAAUCGGGGGUUUGACGUUGGCAGUGGUGCUCUUCGCUCUGGGAGUGCUACUUAUCCUGAGUCGCAGGUGCCACUGCACUAUCAAACAGAAGCUCAGGGCCCCAGGAGAUGAGGAAGCUCAAGCCGAGAACCUCGUGGUCUCCAAAGCCAAUGAGACUCCUAAAACAGAGAACUGAGACAGUCCAGUGUUGUCGAACACAUAGCCAUGGCUGAACGACUUCACUGAUGCUGAGGAUGGUGAUGAUGAUGAAGCUGAUCCAGACCAUGGCUAUGGAGGAGAAAGUGAUUUGGGAGGGGGAGGAGACUAUGACUUGGGUUAUUAAUGGGCAAGUGUCUUGUACGUAGACCUCUAGUCCUGUCAUGUGACCAGUAACCGUAUACGUCUUUCCGUCCGUGUCCUUUUAAGUGAGUUAUUUAGCAAAACUAGCCACAUCUUGAAGAUCAUUUGUAACUGUUUGGCUCCUACCCAGCUGAAUUUGUGCGUUGGUUUAAUUAUUUUGUUGUAGGUCACGCGAAAAUGAAAAUUCUGUCAUCACCUCAGUGUCAUUCCAAUUGUUUAAGACUUACUUUCUUCUAUUCAAUGAAAGUGUAUGGUGACUUGAGGCGGUCAAGUAGUCCAUAUGACUUGUGCCCUAUAUUUGAAGUCUUUUGAUAGCUUUGUGUAAAGAACAGACUGAAAUUGAAGUUGUUAUUCACUGAAAAUUAAGAAUUUGGUCACCAUUCACUUUCAUUUUGCAGAAAAGAGCUGCUUGGACAUUCUGCCUGACAUCUCCUUUUGUGCUCCAUGGAUGAAAGAAAGUCAUACUGGUUUAGAAAUACAUGAGGAUGAGUAGAUGAUUACUAAAUUGUCAUUUAUGUGUGAACUAUCACUUUAACAGUAAACAGUUACUGUUAUCUGAGGAGUGACCACAUGUUACCUUUAUGUGUGUCCCAACUGCUGUUUUAUCUCUUGUAGAUUGUAUUGAUUAUAUGCAGACAUAUUUGAAAUGAAUAUGCAUAAGUAUUUAAUAUACUGUAAGUAUUAAUUCACAUGUGAUGCAGAAUACAUAUAUAUUUGAAUACACUGUGUGUGUGUGUGUGUGUGUGUGUGUGUGUGUGUGUGUGUGUGUGUGUGUGUGUGUGUGUGUGUGUGUGUGUGUGUGUGUGUGUGUGUG